UUGGAUAAAUUGAGCAACAGUGAGGGUUCUACGACUAGUUGGAGUAUUAAUCUGAGAAGCAAUCCAUCUCUGGGAAAUAAAAACAGCAGAAAAUGCCUCUAGGACUGAUCUUAGGGUUGGGAAGGGCAAUGCGAAGAAAGAGAACAUCUUCCCUUGAUAUUCUAUCUUCAAAACGAGCCCCGAGAGAUUACUACAAGGGGAAGAACUGCAAAUCCACUGGUUUCCAUACUCGCAAAGGUGGCUAUGUUGUGAUGAAUGAGAAAUUGCCCAACUAUGUGGUCCCUGAUUUGACUGACUUCAAGCUCAAGCCAUAUGUAUCUCAGUGCCCCAUAGAUGUGAAAACUACUGAGAACACUGAUGCUGCUGCUAAAUAAAUAAAAGAUGCUAACAGGAAGUUGACAUACUUCUCUGAUGUUUUAGCUAGAGUUGUCUCAGCUUUUUAAACUUUCUCAAAAAAAUAGGGAGAUAAUGAAUUCAGGAAGUGAAACCUGGGAAACCAUUUUGUUGUUUUGGCCUCUUAUAUCAGUUUGCUAUUUGAUGUCAAA